CAGUCCCAGAACAGGGACGUUCAACAUCUCAACAUGUAUGAACUUGCCGGUACAUGUCCCGUCAGCUGGGUGAUCGCAGCCCGGUCAUGAGGGUGAUGAGCGGGAGUUAUAAAAGGCUCAGCGGGCUGCCCGGUGCCGUGCUGAGCGUCCUCUGAUGGAGGGAGCAGAGCUGCAGACUGACAGUCUGUCAUGUUUACACAAGUUCCCCAGGUUACCUCUGUGGAUCAUAGAGUAUGUGUGGGCUCACAAGAUGAUGGAGAUACAUGAAGUUGUGGACCCUCCCAAUUAUCCAGAAGUGGACUCCCAGCCUCUGAGCCUUGAAGAUUCGUGGAGGCUGCGUGUUGCCUCUGCCCAGGUAUACUCCAUGGUGAAGAAAAGGGACAUGGAGCACUUUGAGAGAGUCAUGAGCUUUCUGGAAGACACUUACAGACUUCUACCCAGACUGGUGGCUCCCAUCAAACACAUGAAGAUCAUGUUUGGCCUCAAGACCAUGGUCAUUAUGAGGAUGCUCAGGGAGGGCCGAGGAAUGGGAAUGGUUGAUACUGUGUUUAAAAUCAACCAGUUCUUCCCAAGUAAACUCCCUCAAUACCAGGAUCAAUGUAGCCAACGUGAAAUGUUCCUAAUGAGGGAGAACCAUCUGGACUUCAAGGCUCUGGCACAAGCUCUUACUAUGGACAAGAACAAACUUGAAGAUUAUAUUAAGAAUCAGAUGGAGCAGCAGUAUGGUGAACAUUAUGCCCAGAGAGUAGAGGACAGACUGCUGCACUAUCUACACGAGUUGGAGGCUGUGUUACCAGGAGAUACCUACAUUGACAAGAUACUGAAGAAAGAAAGCCCCAUGACUGAGGAGGAGAAGCUAUUGUUGGGAGUCAUUACGUCUGACUCCACCAACAUAGCAACAACUCUAAAGAAACUGCUGCACUGUGAUGCCGCUUCCUGUCGUUCGGGCAGUAUUUCUCAGUCAUUAGCACACAGAGAGAAUGGAAUGGAAAGCUCUCAACUCUCAAAGUCUGUUCUGUAUGGCAGCUCUUCAAACGCUCUCCUCAAGUCAAUGGAAGCCAAGACUCCCCUACGGUUUCAGCCAGAGGUUUUUGAGGGAGGAGAGGAUGCUGAUCAAGAUGUGCCCAAAGACAGAACUCUUUUGUUGGAGAAUGACAAUGUUUCAGAUGUUAGCAGACAUCGACAAACAGAGGAGGAUAGUGAGGUAGUCAAGAGGGUGGAGGACGACAGCAGUGACAAGGAAAAGGAGGAAAUCAGUCAGAGAAGCAGUGAACGUGUUCAGGAGGCCGCCUCCUCCCCUCAGUUCUGCUCCAAACACCAACGAUGGGUGGAGAGCAUCCUGCAGGAAUGUCCUGACGAGUGCUCAGAAGAGCUGCUGCUUCAGGCUAAUGUUUCUUUGUCUCCCCCACUGUUCCAGUCUUCCUCAUCAACCUUUUCAUCACAGGACCUCACACCCUCUGACCUCAUCUUAUGCCCCCCUGACCAACAACAUCCAUCUCCAAAGACCUCCACCCAUCUUCAGACAGCAGCCCAGGCAUCUGAACAAGCAAACCCCGAAGAUGAGCAAAGCUCUGGACCAACUGUAUUAGCAAGUGAUACGUCUCAAAUCAAACUUCUACCACAGCCCUCUUCGUCCAGAGACACUCAGCUGUCCGUCCUGUUGUCGCCGGUGGUCCGACUGAUAGACAUUGCCUCUCUCAAUAGGAUCUUCCCUACCUUUAAACCCCAUCAAGCACCUCUCAAUCGCUUCACCAUGUCUAGUAACAAACUGCCAGCUUCCGCUUCCAGUCCUCAGGUACUAAUCUCUCGACACCACCAUACCUCAGGUAACAAUGCCAUACCUCGAGGAACAAUGAAAGACAUUAUGUUUGACCAACCAGACACAACGUACAAAGUGCAGACGGCUCCUUUAUCUCAGGAUGCAUCUAACUCUACCAGCUGUCAACCACCAACUCAAGAAUCUUAUUCCAAACUUUCAAGAAAGUUCAGACAGGGUGGUACAACCACCAGACAUUCACAGGCUCUGGACGGAUUCAGUGAAAAUCCUUCAGCUGAGCAGUUCGAAGAGGCCCCCACUACCUUGUGGACAAGUUGUCCGCCCUUACCCAACAUCAAUGUCUCUGGACCUCCUACAGAAGAUGCUUCAACCUCUACUUCCCAGUCCGGGACGUUAUCCUCAGUCUGUGCUGCUAACCAAAUCCCUUUAUCUACUGAAUUAUCUCAACAAGUUGUCCCUCAGAACUUCAUCAAACCUCAUCCUCAUACACGUAACAUCAGGUCAGGUGUCACUGUCAGGUUUGAGACCAGCAGAGUCAGAAGAGUCCAGCUGAGGUUAUCACUGCCAAGUCAGGCUGUGCUGCUGCAGUCCAAGCUGCUACAGCCCUAUGUGACUCUUAACAGACUGAGCUCUCAGGAGUGUUACAGAGUGACAAAGGGGAGAUCCUCCGCCAGAUAUUUAGAGCCUGUGUUACAAGGCGGCAAUGAUGACAAUGAUGAGGACAGGAGGGAGGAGGAGGAGGAAGAAGAUGAUGAUUCUUCUUUUGAUGUGAACACUCUUUACUCCAGUCAUUCUUCUGGUGACGGUAAGGACUCGCCUGAUUGUGACCCUGAUUACAAACCUCGCCUUCACACGCCAAGGGCGUAUUUUUUCGUAUAAUUAAUUUGCACGUUUUUUGAACUGUUGUUUUUGUCAUGAGUAUUUUCACACAGAAAGCAAAUAUUAAGCAACGAAAAAGCAGACGUUUUUACGGAACGUGGUUGAUUUUUCUGAGCUUUCGCACCUUAGAAUAAAGGCAUCAACCAAUCACGUGGUGCAAAACAGAGAUAUUUAAUAUGUACACUAGUGUAAAAUAACACAGAGGCUUCGUAGUCCGAAGCAACACUGCAUUACUGUUUACCAGAGGGAACUCAAAUUCACUCAGCCUCGGAGACUUUUGCUAAAAGGAAACUCAAUAAAAUAGCUUACAGUAGCUUAGGCUAUACAACAUCUUACCUCAGAUAGACUGCCAGACACUGCUCUGGGUCAAUGGGAUCCCGGUAGUUGGUCCUCUGCCUACGCAAAUUUGAAUAGAUUCGUGUAGGCAGAGGACCAGCUACCGGGACACUCUCUUGAAAAAGUGUUGCAAAUGCGCAUCGGUGCCAGUAUGAAUAGUUUUGAUGCAAAACUAUUUGCAAGCGAGUAUAUUUUUGUGUUGGUGUGUAAAGGCUUUUAGAGUAUGAGACUGCAAAGAGCCUGGAUCAGAUAUGCGAACAUUUGAACAUACAGACUAUAACUAGACCUAUACUGGCUUUUUGACCAAUACUGAUAACCAUAUAUUGGCAAAGACUAAUUUUUUUUUUACAUAAGAAAUCUUCAUAGAGAUCCAUUAGAUUUGUUUUUUCAACAUCAAGUCUGAGGGGAAUGCUACUUGCUUUGACUCAUCCUCUUGAACAAUUGUUGGAUCGAGUUGGACUCACGAUUGUGUUACAGACAAACUGUGACAUUAAGAAAUGAAGACGUUAAUAUGGAUUUUCUUUUAAGUUAAAGCCCCAGUUUGCUUUCCGAAUGGACGGUCGCACGGACGUGACAAGGAAACGUUUGGAUCUUUUAUACUCCGUGCGGGUUUCUCCUCGCGGCAAACCGAUAUUCUCACAAAUUGUAAGGGGGCAGUGUAUCGAAAACUUGUGUCUACAACAUAGUUUCGGCCAAAGUUGGCAACUAGCCAAAGGACCAGAUAUUUUUCUCAGUCGUGGAGUAUAAAAGAAGACACACAAAUAGGUGGAUACAAACACGACUCCAAAUGAGUCAAAGUGAGUUAAUUGUAGCUUGUUGUGGAGUUUGUUUUGGCCCCCAAGUAGCCAAAAAACUUCUCAAUGCAGCUUUAAAUAAUCUGUAAACACUUUUAAAAGACUGCUUGAGUUUUAAAGGACAUACAGUACAUAACCUUAGACCUCUGGCUUCCAGCUCUGAUUGAGGGCUGGUGACUGCACUAUUGAACAAAAAAUGCUUAUUGUAAAUAUUUGUAUCUUGCAGCUGUUACAUGACCAUAUGGAUUUCAGUGGGAAAUUCAAGUGUUGCCACUGGAAAGCCCAUAAUUAGAAAGAUCUUUGAUACACAUUGCUGUGCUAGAGCUAGAAAAUCACCAUCUUGCGUCUGUUCUCAAUUAUUAUCGUAGCAUUUCCUCUAGCAGGUGUUUCUUGAAUGUUUGGGUAUUUUGUGAAGUUACAGAAGUUUAGAUUUGUUGACAAAUCAAUGCCAAAUGAGAAUAAAUAACCCAGUGGGGUACUCGACAGAG